GGGCAGCGGUUCCAGGGCUGGCGCGCGUGGGCCAGGGCUUCAGUGCUUGCUGAGUACCGGAGCGUCCGGUGUCUCUCCACCUCCUCAUCAUGAGUGAUAAGGACUCUUCGAACUCCAGCGGCUCCUUUCCGAAGUACCUGGAGCACCUCUCUGGGGAUGGCAAAGCCAUCGGUGUCCUGACCAGCGGCGGGGAUGCCCAAGGCAUGAAUGCUGCAGUCCGAGCGGUGGUGCGCAUGGGGAUCUACACCGGGGCCAAAGUAUACUUUAUAUACGAGGGUUACCAAGGCAUGGUGGAUGGAGGCGCCAAUAUUGUGGAAGCCAAAUGGGACUGUGUCUCCAGCAUUCUGCAAAUGGGUGGGACAAUCAUCGGUAGUGCGCGUUGCAAAGCCUUUCGCAGCCGUGAAGGGCGCCUGAAAGCCGCCUGUAACUUGGCGCGCUUGGGCAUCACCAAUCUGUGCGUGAUCGGCGGCGACGGAAGUCUCACGGGAGCCAACCUCUUCCGGAAGGAGUGGACCGGACUUCUGGAAGAGCUGGUUGAGAAUGGUGAGAUCGAUAAAGACACGGUGCAGAACCACUCCCACCUCAACGUGGUGGGCAUGGUGGGCUCCAUUGACAAUGACUUCUGUGGCACAGACAUGACCAUCGGCACAGAUUCAGCUCUGCACCGAAUUAUUGAAGUUAUUGAUGCCAUCAUGACCACUGCUCAGAGCCACCAGAGGACCUUCGUUCUGGAGGUGAUGGGGCGACACUGUGGUUACUUGGCCUUGGUGAGCGCCUUGGCUUGCGGUGCCGACUGGGUGUUCCUUCCGGAGUCUCCACCAAAGGAAGGUUGGGAGGAAGACAUGUGCCUCAAGCUCUCAGAGAACCGUGCCCAAAAAAAGAGGCUGAAUAUCAUCAUUGUGUCUGAAGGAGCAAUCGACACCCAAAAUAAGCCCAUCACCUCUGAGAAAAUCAGGGAGCUUGUAAUGAAGAAUUUGGGCCUUGACACCCGCGUCACCAUUCUUGGACAUGUCCAACGAGGAGGGACCCCAUCUGCAUUUGACAGGAUUUUGGCCAGCCGUAUGGGAGUGGAGGCUGUCCUCGCCUUGCUGGAGGCUACUCCCGAGACCCCAGCCUGUGUCGUGUCACUAAGAGGAAACCAAGCUGUGCGCCUGCCUCUGAUGGAGUGUGUGCAAAUGACCCAAGACGUACAGAAGGCAAUGGAUGAAAGGAGAUUUAACGAAGCAGUAAAACUCCGAGGAAGGAGUUUUGAGGGAAACCUGAAAAUCUACAAGCGUCUUGCCAUUAAGCAACCUGAUGAGAAGAUCCUUAAGAGCAACUGCAAUGUCGCCAUCAUCAAUGUGGGGGCACCUGCCGCCGGGAUGAAUGCAGCCGUGCGCUCUGCUGUCCGAGUCGGGAUUGCAGACGGCCACAAGAUGCUUGCAGUCUAUGAUGGUUUUGAUGGCUUCGCCAAAGGCCAAAUCCAAGAAAUCGGCUGGGGAGAUGUCGGAGGCUGGACGGGACAAGGAGGGUCCAUUCUUGGGACAAAACGCACUCUACCUGGAAAGCACUUGGAGAAGAUCGCAAAGCAAAUGCAUUCCCAUAGUAUCAAUGCCCUUCUGAUCAUUGGUGGAUUUGAGGCCUACCUGGGACUCCUAGAGCUGGCAGCUGCCCGGGAGAAACAUGAGGCAUUCUGUGUCCCCAUGAUUAUGGUUCCUGCUACUGUCUCCAACAAUGUGCCGGGUUCCGAUUUCAGCAUCGGGGCAGACACGGCUCUGAACACUAUCACAGACGGUUAUCACGGUGCCAUCAUGCUAGCUGAGGCUCGAAACAACCACGAGGAGUUUUGCAUCCCAAUAUGUGUUUUGCCUGCCACUAUUAGCAACGAUAUCCCUGGCUCAGACUUAAGUAUCGGUUCUGAUACUAGCAUGAAUGUGGUUGUCGAGACGUGUGACCGCAUCAAACAGUCAGCCAGUGGGACCAAGCGCCGGGUGUUCAUCAUUGAGACCAUGGGCGGAUACUGUGGCUACCUGGCCAACAUGGGGGGACUUGCAGCGGGAGCUGAUGCCGCCUACAUCUUUGAAGAGCCAUUUGAUAUCCGAGAUUUGCAGGCCAACGUCAUGCACUUGACAGAGAAAAUGAAGAGCAGCAUCCAGAGGGGCCUUGUUCUCAGAAACGAAAACUGCAGUGUGAACUACACCACUGACUUCAUCUACCAGCUCUACUCAGAGGAGGGCAAGGGCGUGUUUGACUGCAGGAAGAACGUGCUGGGUCACAUGCAGCAGGGGGGAGCACCUUCUCCAUUUGAUAGAAACUUUGGAACCAAAAUUUCUGCCAAAGCUAUGGACUGGAUCACAGCCAAACUGAAGGGGUCCCAGGGCACAGGGAAAAAAUUUGUUAGUGAUGAUUCCAUUUGUGUCCUGGGAAUUUGCAAGAGAGAUAUCCUGUUUCAACCAGUGACAGAGCUUAAGAAAGAAACUGACUUUGAGCACCGUAUCCCCAAGAAGCAGUGGUGGCUGAAACUACGGCCCAUCAUGAAGAUCUUGGCUAAGUACAAGGCGAGCUAUGACAUGUCGGAUGCAGGCAAGCUGGAGUCCUUGCAGCACCACCAUGGAGAACUGUCAGCCAUCUGACCGAGGAUGCCAUCGCCUGACCUGCACACCUACCUAGGGAAGCCUGUAACGUUCUCCAGGGACCAUCCUUUUUUUGUAACAGUUAUUUAUCAGCACUUUAUGCAAGCAAGAAUUGUUGACCGAGUACUGUCAGCGGUAAUAAUCAGAGAGGACCCCUUGCCAUGACCACUGAUGCAGCAGACCCUAAGACAUGAAACCCAGCCUCAUGCGACUGACUGAGUGUCAGUUUUCUACUGUGUGGGGAACUGUCUUGUGCUUUACCAUGUGUGUGUCUUGUGAGAUUAAACAUUUGGUUACAACUUC